AUGAUCUGUCUUGAGACGCAACAUUUUAAUCUCAAUCGGACUCUCCUGCUCGCAAUCGGCUUAUGGCCAUAUCAAAAAUCAAAAUUAGUUCGACUUCAGAUAAUCUUGUUUUUUGGUAUUUUGAUAAGCUUUGUUAUAGUUCAGUUUACAGCGCUUAUAACCAAAAAAUGCACUGUUAAUUUUAUUAUCAAAGUUUUCUCUACCAUGAUAUUCUCUAGUUCGUACAUAAUUAUGUACAACAUGUUCUGGAUUAACAGUCAUCGUGUGAGAAAUUUGUUGGAGCAACUACAAUAUAUCUGUAAUGAGUUAAAAGACGAAAACGAAUUUACUAUCAUUAAAAAGUGUGGAAAUAACACAAAAUUUUGUACACUUACAUGUACAGUGUUCGCCAUAUGCUGUGCGUUGUUUGCUGUUCUGCUGCCAAUUUGGCCACAGAUAUUUGGUACUAUCUUACACAUAAACGAAUCUCAAAUACAGAGUCAGGCAAUGCAAAUCACGACUGAGUACUUUAUCGAUCAAAAAAAAUAUUUCUAUUUAAUUUUACUGCAUACAAACGCAAUAUUUUGUAUUGGGACGACUACAUUGGCAGCGACGGGGACAACGCUCUUAGGAUGCGCCAUACAUGCCUGUGGAUUGUUUAGAAUUGCAAGUUAUCGUAUGGAGCAAAUAAUGACGACCAAAAUGUUUAAAAAUGUUAACCUGAAGGAUAGGUCUAUGAUUUAUAACAAAAAAAUAUUUUGUGCAGUCGAAAUACAUUGCAAGGCUAUAAAGUUUUGUGAAUUUUUAUCGUCUACUUUUAAAGGCUCUUUCUUCUUAUUAGUAAUAAUUGCUGUGAUAUCAUUAAGCCUAAAUAUUUAUGGAAUUUUUCAAAAUAUAUCUUUUGGAGAUAAGGAAGCAUUUUUAUUACACUUGUUAUUUGCAUCUGUUAUCCUUUUAUAUAUGUUUGUAGUUAACUAUGUCGGGCAAGAAAUUACAAAUCACAACAAUUACAUAUACUUUACAGCAUACAACAGUAGAUGGUAUAAUGCACCAUUGCAGACACAAAAACUGAUACUCUUUAUAUUGUUAAAAGGUAGCCGAACUUACCACCUCAAUAUCGGGGGAGUGAUUGUGGCAUCUUUGGAGUGUUUCGCCACGCUAACAAAAACAUCAAUGUCCUACUUCACCGUUAUGUAUUCUAUGGAGGAGUAAUGCGCAGAUAUAUUAUUUAUACAUACAUAUCGUUUCUGAUUUAGUUUUCGCGUUUGAAAAAGUAAAAUAUAUAAUAUCAAUAUAAAUGUUGAAAAACGAAUUAAUACAUCACUAUAAUAAUACUGAAUUUGUUUUCUGAUUGUUGUACUGCUUAUAAAUAAAAUAAUAAAGUCAAGAAUUCACAAUCAUUUCGUUUCCGAAAACAGACAUCUAUUUAAUUAUUAUCUUAAGUAUAUUAUGCUAAGUAUAUUCAUAUAUA